CAAAUGCUUCUCUCCCCUCUUUGUAACAAACUUCUCUCUGAUAUCUUCUUCCCAGUAGUAAAGAUUGAACACUAAUGUCUUCUCCUACCCUCAUAGCGCCCAGUAGCAAACCAAAAUCACUUGCAGGUUUCAGACCCAAAUCCACCACCACCACCACUACUAGUAUCACUUCCGAUGUAUCUUCAUCGAUUCCACAAAAGGGUCGGCGAGAAUUUGUGAGCUUGAUCGCCGGUAUCCUAUCACCGGUAUUGAUUUUUCCGGUUUCGCCGGCAUCAGCAGCUUCGGAUGAAGAGUAUGUCAAGGAGACAGAGGAGGUAAUCAACAAGAUACGGAGUACCAUUAGCAAAGAUAAAAAUGACCCAAAUGUAGCUGAUGCAGUUGCUGAGCUGAGGGAGACCUCAAAUUCAUGGGUGGCUAAGUACAGGAGAGAGAAAGCAUUGUUGGGUCGAGCUUCAUUCAGAGAUAUAUACUCUGCUCUCAAUGCUGUCUCUGGGCAUUAUAUUAGUUUUGGACCUACUGCUCCCAUUCCUGCCAAGCGCAAGGCUAGGAUCUUAGAAGAGAUGGAAUCUGCAGAGAAAGCCCUACUCAGAGGUAGAUAGAAAACAAGUUUUCAAUUCAUGGAGAGAAACCCAGAAGAUUUUUCUUUUUCUUUUUAUCUGAAAUCUUUCCUUUUUGCUUCUUAGAUUGGGAAUAUAAAAACCAUGUCCAAUCAUUUUGUUUGGU